AUGCAUAAUUAUAACUGUUUAAAAAAAAGUUCAAAAAUAUCACACCUUUUUUUUUGUCAAUAUGUAUCACCAACUUUAAAAAAAAACUCUCUCAUAUCUUGUAAAGAUAUCAAAAGAAAUAAUCAAAUAUCAGAUCAUAUUUAUUUGGUUACAUUAAUUAGUAAUACUAAUCAGAAAAAUAAAAUAUCACAUAUUUUUAACCCAAUUAAGAAUAAAUUCGUUUUUUUCUCUUCAUAUAUAUUUCAAAAACAACCAAAAACUAAAUUAAUAAAUAAUUUACCAGAAGAUAAAAAUAAAAAUAAAACAAAUAACAAAUUACAUUACAACUUUAGCUACCUUUCCAAAUAUACACCAAAUAAUUAUAUCUAUAAAAUUUUUCCCAGUAUACAAUCGACAUAUCCACUUAAUUAUGCAGCCGAUUCACCAAUAAUAAAUGAUGCUUACACAUCUAUGAUUCAAAAUGUUACAAAAAAUAAAUUGAAUAAUAAAACAAAGAACUUAUAUUAUAAACAUAACAUAUUUUAUCAAAAAAAUAUUUUAUGCACACAAAAAUUAAAUGAUACACGAUUCUACACCUUCUUAAUAAUUCGGAAUAAUUUUGGAACUAAAAUAAAAAAUGUAGAUAAAAAUAGUGGAGAAAAUAUUACUCUACAUAACAAAAAAUCCAAUCCAAAUUCUAGAGAAGAAAACAAUGAACAUAGUAAUGACGAAAAUGAGAAAUGGCACGAAAUAAAGUAUGCAAAAGGAAACGGGAAAAAUAUUCAAUUGUAUAAUAACGGAAAAAAAAGUGGCAAUAAAAGCGGCAGUAGCAAUGGCAAUAAAAGUGGCAGUAGUGGAAAAUACGACAAUAUCAAUGCAAAGGAGUUGGAUACCAUUUUGCACAAUUUAGAAAAAAUUUAUGAAAAUAAAAAUAGCAAAAUAAAUAUAAACAUAAAAGUAUUAGUAUAUCUGUUUAAAAAUUUUAUAUUUAAAAAUAAAGAAUUAAAAGCAAAGAUAUUUAUUUCUUUUGCUUUUUUAGUAUGCUCAAAAAUAUCAAUCAUAUACACUCCUAUCCUUUUAUCAUCAUUUAUUGAAAAUGUAAAUUUACAAACAAACUUACCUAACAAUCAUUUUAACACACCCUUUUCAAACGACCCAUGCAUUAUUAUAUUGUCAGCAUAUGUUUUAUCACGAGUUUUAUCAUCAACAUUAAAUGAAUUAAGGAAUAGUGUCUUUACUACUAUAAGUCAAAGAAUAUCAACAUUUAUUAGUAAAUUAUUUUUUUAUAAAAUUCAUAACUUAAAUUUAAAUUUUAUAUUAUCUAAAAAAAAUGGAGAAUUGUCUAUGAUAUUUAAUAGAGGAUGCAAAAGUGUUACAAACUUAUUAAAUGUAAUAGUAUUUCAAAUUAUCCCAAUUAUUUUAGAAUUUAUUCUUUAUUUAUAUAUAUUGUCAUAUAAAAUACAUUAUAGUGUUUCUGCUGUUACAUGUAUUAAUAUGAUAUUAUAUAUAUUAUUCACAACUUUAGUAACAAAAAGAAGAACUAUUAUUAGAAAAAAUAUGAACAAGUCAGAACAAAAUACUUUUAAUAUAUUUCUAGAUUCUAUACAAAAUGUUGAACAAGUAAAAUAUUAUACAAAUGAAUUACAUGAAUUAAAUAAAUUUAUAAAAGAACAAAAAAUAUAUGAAAAGGAAGCAAUAAAUGUUCAAAAAUCUUUAUCUUUUCUAAAUUUAGGACAACAAAUGAUUCUUAAUUUUAAUUUAUUUUUAUGUUUAUAUUUAACUUAUUUAAAUAUAGCAAAUGAUGUUUUCCCAUUUAGUUAUCUAAUAUUAGUAAAUACAUUAUUAUUUCAGUUAGCUAUGCCAUUAAAUAUGUUUGGAACUAUUUAUCGAGAAACAAAAUUAAGCUUAGUAGAUAUAGAAUGUAUGAUCAAAAUGCUUAUAAAAAAAAUGAAAUCUAUUAACCAUGGUCAUAAAUAUGAUAUUCAAAAAGGAAAUAUUAUUUUCAAUAAUGUCACAUUUAAAUAUCCACAAAUGAAUGAAAAUUUUGAUUUCACAAAAAAUAUAAAUAAUGUCGAUGCAAAUAAUAAAUCAAUUCAUAAUAUCAAACAAAAUUCUGGAAUAAUCAAAUCUAUUUCUAAUUCCAUUGUUUCCUUUUUUUCGAAAUUUAAAACAAAAUCGGAAAAAACAAAAUCGGAAAAAACAAAACAAAAUAAUAAUCUAUAUACCAUUGAAAAUGUUAACAAAAUUAAUCCAGAAAUUAAAAACAAUCUAAACAAUGAGCUCAAAAAAAAUAUAACUAACAAUAUUAGUACCCAUUUUGAUACUAACAAUAUUAGUACCCAUUUUGAUACUAACAAUAUUAAUACCCAUUUUGAUACUAACAAUAUUAAUACCCAUUUUGAUACUAACAAUUCAGAAACAACAAAUAAUUAUAUUUUUCAAAAUUUUUCAUGUCAUAUUAAUGAUGGAGAAAAAGUGGCAAUUGUAGGAAAAAGUGGAUUAGGAAAAAGCACAUUAACAAAAUUACUAUUAAAAUUUUAUGAAAUAGAAUCAGGAAAUAUAUAUAUAGAUAAUAAAAAUAUACAAAAUAUUAAUUUGUAUACACUAAGAAAAAAUAUAUCUGUAGUACCUCAAGAUACUAUAUUAUUUAAUAAUACUAUCUCUUAUAAUAUCAAAUAUGGAAAUUUUCAAUGUACUGAUAAAGAAAUGAUUGAAGCAUCAAUCAAAGCUGAAUUACAUGAUAAAAUUUUAACUAUGGAAAAUAAAUAUGAUACAAUUGUUGGUGAAAGAGGUACUAAAUUAUCAAUAGGUGAAAAACAAAGAAUAUGUAUAGCUAGAUCUUUUUUAAAAAAUUCUAAAAUUCUUAUUCUUGAUGAACAUGCUAGUAAUCUAGAUAAUGAAAAUAAAAAAUUAAUAGAAAAAGCUUUACAUAAAUUAUGCUAUGGAAAAACUACUUUUUUUAUUACUCAUUUAAUGGAUAAUUUACAAAAUAUGGAUAAAAUUAUUUAUUUUUCUGGACAAAAUAUUUAUGUAGGCAAACAUUCUGAACUUAUGAAUCAAAAUGAAGCAUAUAAAGAAUUCUACAACUCAAAAAAUAAUGUAAUUUAA